AUGCUUCCUCAUUUGAUUGUGACGCUGUGUCUCAUGGGAUCGUCGACUGCUGCAGCGAAUCGCCGCAGAGAAGGGUUGAGCCCGGAAAUAUUCUUCCAGAGUGUAUCGCUGGAUUUUCCCAAAUUGAAAUUCGCGGACUCCGAGUGCAAUUCGACGAAAGGGCGUAAAGGGACCUGCAUCGGCUAUCCCGACUGUGAGGGCGAUAACGCUGUCAGAGAAGGGGUCUGCUCCGACGGAUUCGGGACUUGUUGCGUCUACUUAGUGGGGACCGAUCUUCGGAAAGAAACUCGACCGACAGUGAACGAAUGGGGUUCGUUCUAUUCGAAUGCGGAUUUCCCGUUGCCAACGCUGGAGGCCGAAUCUUCGGUGCGGAUCCAUAUCGAACGCGAUGUUUGUCAGAUUCGACUCGACUUUGAAAGUCUCGACUUGCCUGAGCGCACCGUCUUCAGGACCAUUGUGAAUGGCGAUCUUGUGCCGCCCAUUCUUUCUGGAAACAACACCGGGCAGCACCUCAUGAUAAAUGUCGGCGAUGGGUCCUCACAAGGGGCAUGGGUCUCACUGGGCGUUUCCGGCCCAAUGGGUCUCAAAACGUGGAACAUACACAUCACGAAUGUCCCAUGUCAUUCAUCAACGACAGCCCCAGUCGGCUGCGCGCAAUAUUUUCUAGCUCCGAGCGGCCGGCUUCGGUCUCUCAGUGUGCAGUCGGUCGGAAUCACAUCGUACGCGAUUUGCCUCCGGCCGAGGAACCUGGAACGCAAUCUUCUAUCUCUGAGAUCCUUCGCAUCUGGCGCCGCCUGCGGCAGUUCCAUGGUCGUUCCUGCGGGAAUUUCCUUGGAUGGUCGGGAGUUGCCGGCGAUGAUUUGUCCCAAAGAUGACAUAAAAUUAACUUAUAAGGUCUUCGGUCCCCUGGUUCUCUACAUGAAAACCGCUCCAGGUCAGAGAGGAGUUGAAGUUCAGUACGAUCUGUGA